AUGGCCUUCCAGGUCCCAACACACGUCCCUCGCCGCAGGACUUCCUAUUCUACCCCUCAACCACCUACUCUUAAUAUCCCCUCCUCCUCCCCGGAACAACGCGAUGACGACACCGCACAAUGGGUCCUAUUCUCCCCGACCGCUCGGACGCACACGACUUCAACCGAUCGCACGCGUACCGUAGGUCCCUCUCGACUGAGUGACUUCGGCUCCUUUGCUGCAACCCAGUCUGUAUCUGGCGUUGAGGGCGAGGACGAUGACGAAAAUGCCCUCGAUGACCAACUGGACGAAGAUGGAACCGAACUGGAUAGCCUAGACGAUGGACUGCACGCCUUUCGAGCACCAGAGCUGGCCCCGGCUUCCCCAAUAAGGUUUGACCAGGGGCCGCCUGCGAUGCUGCCCGCCCAUGACGGGUUAGGUAGUUUCCAGGCCUCGAGUCAGGCAGUCCAGGAUCAGCUAUGGCAACAUGAGCAAUACAACCCCCAGCGGCCCUCGUAUGGCCUUCUCCAACAUCGCCGCAACUCAAGUGUGCAGAGGCAUUUGGAUACCGUCGAGGAGGGCGAGACAAAUGUCGAGCGAGAACGGUGGCAGCGAAUCGAAGAAUGGAGGAUGGACCAGAGCCGGGCUCUGUUGCAGGAGAUCGAACGGGAAACCCGACAGAGGCGGUCUAAUCUGAACAGCAGAUCGAACCUUCAUCGUUCUGUUGAUCAUGGCACCCAAACUCGUGUAUCCGAUGUACUAUCACGGGAUGUUCCCUUGUCGAGAGAUGUCUCGGAGGACGAAGAGUCUUUCUGGCGCCGUAUCACACGAACAGUCAUCCGUGACCUGAUCGGGAUUGAUGAUUCAUUGCUCUCCGUGAUCUUUGGUGAGUCGUUGCCGCUGGACGCGCAAUCUCAUCCCCAGGAAGAUUCACUAGACAUGGAAACGGUAUUAGCACGUGAACCAGAGCCAGAGUUUAGCGAUUCACCCCUGUGGCAGACAAAGGUGCUUCAGACAAUCGCCCAUGAGCUUGGGAUCCUUGUCCAUCAACUUUGCGAACACCCCGGAGCAUUCACAACAUAUUAUCAAAUGACUAAAGAUAUAUCCGCCGAAUAUGCGGGGAUGUCUCUCAACCGUCUAGCGGAAAGCGGAAUCUCUCAGAGACCCACCGAGUCCACCGUAUCAAUUACCGUCGAUGCGACUGGCGAUUCCAUGCUAUCUCCACAAUUCAUGCCCACACUGCGAGACUCAAAUCGAGAACACGAAGCACAAUGGGGCAUUGAAGAUGAGGACCCAAAGCGCUCUGACCAACUCCCCGAAUCAACACGACUCCAACACGAAUCCGAGUACUGGGAAAGCGGACUGGAUGUAAUGAUGGUAUUCCGCUAUCUCCGAAAUCGCUUCAGCCACCGAGGUUACAUGCCCAACGAAACCAACACACCAACCCCGCCCCGCCGCCCGCAAGAUGCAUCCCGCCGAGCAGCCAUAAUCCGGCAACAUCACCCGCUCGUAGCGCGAGCCUACUCCCGAUCACAAACUCAAACUCGUCGCGCAUCACAAUUCUCCGGCAUGUCAAACCCAGCGGGUGUCUCCUCGGCACUCCGACCGCAUCCUCGGCGACCCGGCUCUAGCUGCGCGAGCCAGAGCGCCAAGCUAUCAGCCAUUUCCAGCCGGCGGACGAUGACAAGCUCCAGCCGGAACUACUGGGAUAUUGGCGGCAGCGAGACCAACAGCGUCAUUGGUGUUGGAGCUGGGCUCGGCAAUUGGGGUGAGGUGUGA